AUGCCAUACUUCAUUCCUCGAGGACAAAAGAAACAUUUCAACAAGAGCGUCGUGCCAGAUGAUCCGAAUGUGAAUCAGGGACUCCAUCAAUCAUCAGCUGCCACUAAAUCACUGCAAGGAAUCUCGAACAGAGCCAACUCUUCUAGCAACUUCGACCCCAUGCAUGUUCACCUUACCGGCAACUUCUCCUUGUAUGCCAGGAUUCCAGAACAGCAAACCCCUGCUUGCGCAGAACCUUCCGGGUGGAGGCAGUAUCAGUAUCGGAAGCAGACUCAAGCUGCUUCUCCUGACAGCGCCGCGACAAAGCCAACCAAACGGGGGGCUCCCAAGAAACGGAGGAGUCGAACGGCGUACACGAGGAGGCCGAGGAAGCCUCAGAUAGCCGUCCCAGCUGUGGGGGAGCAGCCAAAGAGGAAGCGAGGGAGACCCCGCAAGUACCCCAGACCUGAGGAAGCGACAGAAGCUGCUGCCGCCAUCCCCAGUGGCGGCAACGAGCUUGACGCACCUGGGAGGGUCGACGAGAGCGAGGAGGACAGGAGGAGGCGAUUUGCGAUCGAGACCAAGACCUGGAUUGAGGCAGCGAUAUGGCGAGAGGGACUGAGCUUGGACCUGAUCGCUGACAGCUCGGGAGUUCCAGUAGACCGGCUGCAGUUGUGGUUUCAGGACCCCAUGAAGAUGGAAAUCUUCACGCCGCACCUCAGGUCCUGGAUCCAGAGCUUCUUCGCUAACGCCGGGAAGUUCCGGUGGGAGAAGACAAAGCUCUGGCUCUCCAGCGUCAUGUGCUUCCACAACCUUGACAUCGACCAGAUCGCUGACAUCAUCGGCUUUCCGGCAGACAUGCUCAUCGAGUGGUUUCAAGUGCCCGACGCUCAUCGGGAGAUCACGCUGGUGAUCAGAGAGUGGAUGGUGUCGCUCAUAGAAGGCAACGGGCCCAACGUGAUGGACGGGUCCCUUCGACCUCCCUCUGCCGUCGAUCAGGACUCCCGCCCUUCAGACCUGCUCGCCUGGGACGUCGACGACGUCAAGACGUUCUUCAAGUCCUGCAAAUUCCCCGUGGAAGGCGUCGAGAGCGCCGGGAUCGACGGCAGAACGCUGGUGGAUGUCUUCCUGGACAGAGAGCGGCACCACGUCUUCACGUCGCCUCCUCCUCACGGCCUUGGGAUGACUCCCUUGCAGUUCCACUCUCGUUUCAUGUCGGAGAUGAAGCGGCACGGCAUACGACCACCAUGA